AUGUCACCUUUCAACCUCGAAACGUGUGCGCGCCCCAAUAUUCUGGCCCUCGAGCCUUAUCGCUGCGCAAGAGACGACUACAAAGACGACGGAACAAACGUCCUCCUCGACGCAAAUGAAAACGCCUACGGGCCCUCGCUGCAGUCCGACUUCGAGGCCGGCAACCUGGGCAUCGACUUCCAAGGCCUGAACCGCUACCCGGACCCUCACCAGCCGGAACUCAAGCAGCUCCUCUGCCGCCUGCGCAACACCCACACCCACACGACCAAGGACCUCACACCCGCCAACCUCUUUGUCGGCGUCGGCAGCGACGAGGCCAUCGACGCCCUCCUGCGCUGCUUCUGCGCCCCAGGAAAAGACCGCAUCCUGACGUGCCCGCCCACCUACGGCAUGUACUCCGUCUCGGCGCAGAUCAACGACGUGAGCAUCGUCAAGGUCCCGCUCAAGGCCGCGCCCGAGUUCGGCAUGGAUACGGACGGCAUCCUCGCCGCGCUGAGCGAGCCGGACAACAACAUCAAGCUCGUGUACCUCUGCACCCCCGGGAACCCGACCGGCUCCGUGCUGGCAAAGGAGGACGUCCAGCGCGUGCUGGAGCACCCGACGUGGAACGGCAUCGUCGUCCUCGACGAGGCCUACAUCGACUUCGCGCCCGAGGGCAGUUCCAUGGCCGAGUGGGUGCUCGAGUGGCCCAACCUCGUCGUGAUGCAGACCCUCUCCAAGGCGUUCGGCAUGGCGGGCAUCCGACUCGGCGCCGCGUUCGCUUCCCCGCCCGUCGCGCGCCUGCUCAACGCCAUGAAGGCACCGUAUAACAUCUCCACGCCGACCAGCGCGCUCGCGCAGUACGCCGUCUCGGACAAGGGGUUGGCCGUCAUGCGGGACAAUCGCGCCAAGAUCCUGACGCAGCGGGAUCGUAUUAUUGCCGAGCUUCCCAAGGUCUCGGGUGUCGGCAGGUUGCGCGGCGGCACGGAGAGUAACUUUUUGCUGUACGAGAUGCUGGAUGCUGCGGGCCAGCCGGACAACGUCACGGCGCUGGCUGUGUAUGAGCGCCUUGCGGAGAACAAGGGCGUCGUGGUGCGGUUCCGUGGUAAGGAGCACGGCUGCCUGGGCUGUUUGAGAAUUACGAUUGGUACCGAGGACGAGGUAACGAGGUUCCUUGCUUCUAUUGCCAAGGUUCUGGCCGAGGUGCGCGGUGCUGGGCGGCAGCCGGACGAGGAGAAGAAGGAGGCGGCGGCGAACGGGGUGGUUGCAUAG